AGCCAACUGCUGAUAAUUUCGUUAGACAAAAUUGAAUAUUAUUUUUAUGAAAAUAAUGUGUAAUAAAACAAUCAGUGUUUGAUUUAUAAAAGAAAAAUAAAAUGCUUAUAAAGGAAGUUUAGUGAAGUUGUAGUGUUUUUUUUUGUAACAAUGACUUCGUUUAUUAAUUUAACAUGGAAAUGGGAAUAUAUAUGUGGCCCUUCAGGUCUUCAUCCAUGGAACGACUCGACAAAAGAUAUCGGAAUGUGUUUUCAAGAAUUAUUUUUGCAGAUACCAAUUUACUUUAUCCUUGCCAUUACCUCAGGAUAUUACGUGGGGUACCGAAAAGACUGGGUAGUCAGGGAGAAAAUUCAAGAACGAGCAAUAGCACUACGUAGUUUUGCAAUUUUGUUACUUGCUUUUAUUCCAAUAAUAGAACUAUACAUUUUCUUAACUGAUAAAGAUUUUAGUUUAUUUCCAAUUGAUUACUUUACGGCAGGAGCUUCUUGCUUAUCAUGGCUCGUUCACUUUGGCUAUGUUUUGGCUUUAAAACAUCGCCUCGGACAUAGUUCUCGGGGGCCUCUAUGUCAACUUAUAUUAUGGGUUAUGCUAGUGUUCCUCAAUAUGAUAGCACUACGCAGUUCUAUUUUAACCGGAAGUCAAAAAGAGUUUUAUAUAGCAUCAAUAUGUUGUCAUGUAUUAUAUUUCUUUACUUUAUUACCAUCGAGUGAUUCAAGACCAACAUUUUACUCACCAUGUCUCGUUGGUUCUCAACAUUCUCAUAGUGAGUAUACGCCUUUGCUGCCCCAAGUUGACGAGGGUAUUCUUGGCACGGCCAUGCAGGGUAUUAGUUACUGGUCUAAGCUUACUUUCACAUGGGUCAAUCCACUUCUCCAAAAAGGAUUUGAAAACAAGCUACAAGAUCCUGAAGAACUGUACGAUAUCCCAGCGAAAUAUAGAUGUUCUUAUGUGGGGGCGAGAAUGGACAAAGCACUCAUCGGAAAUGUUGAUAAUUAUCAACAAUUUGCCGAAGUGCCACAUGAACCUUUUAUAGGCUCUGGCUAUGGAGCUACGGGAGAGACUCAGCCUCAGAUUUCAACUCCAGUUACACCGACAUCCAGAGUACUGCUCCGUCCAGCACGUCGUCAAAACGUGUCUCUGCUACGAGCCUUACAUCAUUGUUUCGCUGUUCAGUUCUAUAGCAUUGGAAUGUUGAAACUGGUAGCGGAUAUGGCUGGCUUUGCUGGACCAAUAUUACUAAAUAAACUAAUUACUUUUGUUGAAGACGAUAGUAUUGAUCAACAUUAUGGAUAUAUAUAUGCGGCAACACUUCUCGGAGCGACAAUUGUAGGUGCGCUGUUUAAUGUCCAAUUUAACUGGCUGAUGUCAAUCAUAGGGCUCAAAAUGCGGGGAGCGAUCGUAUCGACGAUUCUCAGGAAGACUCUCAGUGUAACGACCACUGAACUGAACAAGGCUUUUAGCGCGGGAGAAAUAACUAAUUUCAUGUCGACCGAUACGGACCGCAUUGUUAAUUCGUGUCCAAGUUUCCAUGCAUUAUGGAGUAUACCUCUGCAGUUAUUUAUCACACUGUUCCUGCUUUAUCAACAAGUCGGGGUCUCGUUCUUGGCCGGCGUAGCAUUUUCUAUACUGUUGAUACCGGUGAACAAGUUGAUUGCGAACAAAAUAGGCGAGCUGAGUACCGAAAUGAUGAAACAUAAAGACUCCCGCGUCAGUUUGAUCGGUGAUAUGCUCCGCGGCAUACGGACCGUGAAAGUUCACGUUUGGGAAGACUACUUCAUCAGCAGAGUAUCAGAGGCGCGGCGCCACGAGCUGCGCCAGCUGCGCGGCCGCAAGUACCUGGACGCCGUGUGCGUGGUGCUGUGGGCGUGCACGCCCGUGCUGCUGGCCGCGCUCACGCUGGGCACGCACGCACUGCGCGCGCUGCCGCUCGACGCGCCCACCGUAUUUACAACGGUCGCAUUAAUCAAUAUGUUAAUAGCACCGUUAAACGCAUUCCCCUGGGUCUUGAACGGGAUCACCGAAGCCUGGGUGUCGAUAAAGCGGAUACAAAAACUGCUGGAUCUGAGAGACAUGAACGGUGAACAUUACUACGACCGCCUGAAUAUAAACAGAGACGAAGACAAAAUGAUUAUACUGAAGAAUGCUUCAUUCACGUGGGCGCAGACAUCGGCGCGGAAUAAACCGAUUAAACCAAAGAAAAACAAAGGAAAAUCUAAAAAAAAGUUGUCGAAACGCAGUGUUAGAACUGAUUCCGCGUCUUCGAGCGAGGCGACAGUGCAAGAGCCUUUCACGUUAAAGAAUAUUUCUUUAGAAAUAGGCAAAGACGAACUAAUCGGUAUCGCCGGCCCCGUGGGGAGCGGCAAGACGUCUUUGUUGCUGGCUAUCGUCGGCGAUAUGAUCAAACAGAGCGGGGAUAUACAAAUACCCGAAUAUCUGAACAGUUUCGGAUAUGUAUCACAGCAACCUUGGCUCGUACGUGGAACCAUACGGGAUAAUAUACUGUUUGGAAAACCUUACGACGAGGCGAAGUUUAGGUCUGUGAUCGACGCAUGCGCUUUGACAGAGGACCUGAACGUGCUGGGCUGGAACGCGUACGUGGGCGAGGGCGGCUGCACGCUGAGCGGCGGGCAGCGCGCCCGCGUGGCGCUGGCGCGCGCCGUGUACCAGGACAAGCAGGUGUACCUGCUGGACGACGUGCUGGCGGGCGUGGACGCGGCCGUGGCGCAGCACAUCAUGCAGCGCUGCGUGCUGGGCCUGCUGCGCCACACGGCGCGCGUGCUCGUCGCGCACUCGCCGCGCCAGCUCGCGCGCGCCGCCCGCGCGCUGCUGCUGCGGGGCGGCCGCGUCGUCGCGCAAGGUACGCCAGAGACGGUUUUAAAUGAAAUAGAAGAUUUCUUACCGAGCGAGACGGAAUCUAUAGGCGAAGAAAAACACUCUUGUCCCGAAACAGAGCCUCGGUCCGACGAGCAGGACAACGUCAGUCAAAACAGUUUGAAUAACGACGAAACGAUGUCAGAAGGUACAGUGGGUUGGUGGGUGAUCGGUCUGUACUUGCGCUCCGUUGGAGCAUUCCUGACUAUGACCAUCAUCAUCUCACUCGUCCUCAUGCAACUCUCCCAGAACUUCACAUUCCUUUGGCUCACGUUUUGGGUUAGAAGCGGAAGCAAGAACGCGACAAAUUUACAAUCAUCAGUUGAUAAUGCACACGAAAAUACGACGAUAUUCGACCACGGUUUCAAUAUGGCCGACAGUAUUAUGCACGUCAUCGUAAAUAAAACGAUGGAACUGUUAAACGGUUUAAAUUCUUCUAAUAUAUCAAGUGACAAUACAACAUGGACUGGUGACGCAUAUCCUGUUCAGGGACCGCAGCUGAGGAAGACAUCCAUCACCGACACGUAUUAUAUGGAGGUUUAUUUUGGUCUCGCUGGAUUGAACUUGGUGUUUACUAUCAUGCGAGCAUUUCUGUUUGCUUAUGGAGGUGUCAAAGCUGCGGAAAGAAUACACAGAGUUCUUCUCAAACAUGUUGUCAAGGCGAAUAUUAAAUUUUUCGAUACAACUCCGACCGGCCGUAUCGUUAACAGGUUCUCGUCGGACACAUACACGGUCGACGAUUCCCUGCCGUUCAUUUUGAAUAUUUUACUUGCACAAGUAUUCUCUUUGAUAGGCGCGGUGGCGGUUACUGUCUACGGUCUACCGUGGUUGCUAGUGGGAGUCUUACCUAUGACUUUUAUUUAUUACAGAUUACAGCGGCGGUACCGAGUGACCUCGCGGCAGCUCAAGCGCCUGCAGAGCGUCGCCCUCUCGCCGGUGUACGUGCAUUUCAACGACACCCUCGAAGGGCUGAGCACGGUGCGCGCGCUGGGCGCGGCGGCGCGCUGGGCGGAGCGCGGCGAGGAGGCCGUGGAGCGCUGGCAGCGGGCCGCGCUGUGCGGCGCCGCGGCCGCGCAGUGGCUGGCGCUGCGCCUGCAGGCCGUGGCCGCCGUCGCCGUGGCCGCCGCCGCGCUGCUGGCCGUGCUGCAGCGCGCCACGCACGCCGCCGACCCGGGACUCGUGGGCCUGGCGAUAUCGUAUGCGCUGUCGUUGACGUCGAUGUUGAGCAACGUCCUGAACGCCUUCACCGAGACGGAGCGAGAGAUGAUCGCCGUCGAGCGGGUCGGCGAGUACAUCACGCAGAUCGAGAGUGAAAAAGUGGACGGAGCAGCGCCGCCGUACGGGUGGCCCUCGCACGGGGUAAUAAGUUUUGAGGAUGUUUAUCUUAAAUAUGGAGGCGGCGAGGAGGGCGAGGCGGCGCUGCGCGGGCUCACGUUCGCCAGCCUGCCGAGCGAGCGGCUGGCCGUGGUGGGCCGGACGGGCGCCGGCAAGAGCUCGCUGCUGCGUGCCGUGCUGCGCCUGGCGCCCUGCAGCGCCGGACGAGUGCUGGUGGACGGCGUCGACGUGGCCACGCUGCACCUUCACGCGCUCAGGUCGCGGAUCGGCAUCAUACCGCAGGAGCCGUUCAUCUUCACGGGCAGCAUCCGCGAGAAUGUGGACCCGCUGCGGCAGUACCUGGACGCGGAGGUGUGGCGCGCGCUGGAGGCGUGCGGCGCGCGGGACGCGGUGGCGGCGCGCGGCGGGCUGGGCGCGCCCGCGCACGGCGUGUCGCGCGGACACGCGCAGCUGCUGUGUCUCGUCAGGGCGCUACUGCAGAAGGCCAAGGUAUUGCUAGUGGACGAGGCGACGGCUAACCUCGACGCUGAGAGCGAGCGCGUGAUCCUCGACACGAUCCGCUGCUCGUUCGGUGGCAGCACGGUGGUGUUCGUGGCGCACCGGCUGACGGGCGUGCUGGAGUGCGCGCGCGUGCUGGUACUGGGGGCCGGCCGCCUGCUGGAGCUGCGGGCGCCGGAGGACGCUCUGGCCGACCCCACGUCGCACCUGUACCGCCUGCUGCAUCCCGACCGCUAGUGACGGUGUCGGACGUGAACGUUUAGCUUGUGAUAAUAAUUAAGACAAAGUCAAUUAUUCUUUGUAUAGGAACUAUUUUAUUUAGAAUAGAUAUUUUUAAUGAUGAUUUUGAUUUUGGUAAACAUAAUGAGAGCCAAAUAUGCAAGUCAGGCUUUUAACGUUAAUUAAUUUUUUGAACAAUUGAUGCAUAUGAAACUAAAUUACUUUGCAUAGUGAAAAGGUAGUGGCUUGUUUAAAAAACAUUCUAGUACUCCAACUAUUAUUUGGAUAAAGGUUGAGAUGAAAUUGUAUUUUGAUUGAAGGCACACAAAUAUAUAUAGAGAUAGAUGCCCAUAAGUUGAGGCCCAAUCGUCUAAAAGUCAAAUUUGCACAAUUUAGUAAUGGGACAGCACACACAUACAUUAAAUACUAUUUUAUUAUUAUUUCUUUGUCUAAUAUAUAUAUUGUUUAAAUACAUACCUAUUAUUCACAUACACUAUUAUAUAUUUAUAUACGUCAUUUAUUUUGAUAUCAAAUUACUAAUCAAACAAAGUCUCUCUUUCUAUGCUUGUACAAUAAUAGUUACAUGUAAACUUCACUAAUAGAACUAACUGUUUAUUGGCGCAAUUAAGCUCUUUGCAUUUUCGCUUGACCUUUUACUUCGAAUUCGGUUAAAACUCGCACGUAAUUUUGAAUUGCACAUCUAAAGCUAUCUCUCUAUAUAUGUGUGUGUGUGUUUAACGGUGAUGUAUUACCGUUACAGUACAGGGUAGUCUGAUAUAAUUCCAAUUUUUUUUAAAUAAACUCAUUGCAUAUAAUAUAUCUAGGUUAGUUGAGUGCAAGCUCUUAGUCUAUAUUUCUAUAAAAAUAAAGAUGCAAGUUCAGUCUUACUUAUGAAUGUUGUUUGACAGGUUAUUAGUUAAAAAAUGCUGUCUUCUUUUUUCGAAUGUCAAAUCAAUAAUGACAGAAAGAGAUAAAUCAGUUUUUAACUAAACAGUCGCUAAGCAAUGUUUAUAAGUAAGGCUGCAAAUGUUUAAAUAAGCAGACUAGAUGUUUUUUUUUAAAUGUUUUGUAAAAGUAAUUUAUAUAUUUUUUUGAAAUUUAUUAUUAUAAUGCACUCGGGAUAAAUAAUUGUUAACAUAAUACAAAAUUAGUAUUUAAAAUUAAGAUUAAUGUUUAUUGAAAUUACCAUUAUAAACCAAAAAAUACUGAAAUUGGUCUCAAGACUUUUUUUAUAAAUAAUAAAAUAAUUUGUAAGUAAAAAGUUUAAUAAAAAUAAGAUGUGAAGUUUGGCAUUGUUAUAUAUGGUCAUGUUAUAUUAGUGAAAAAUAUUCGAGCUCAGUAUUACAUACUAAUUUAAAAAAUCAAUUACAUAUUUCUCUCUUCUGGCUUCUUGUGUGGGUAUUCAAUGUAGUCAAAAAUUUCUUCUUCAGAUUCAAUUUGCACUGGUUCACCUGGAAUCCCUUUAAAAUAUGUUUAUAUUAUUUUGAGUGUACUGAUUUCGAGAUCUCCUUCAAAUUAAGUGCUAUAUAAAAUAUAAUUUUUGACAAUUAUAAUUUAUUAAAA